ACCUCAAUAUCAUUAAUGUGUUCAUAUCUCAAUACCAUUAGUGUGUUCAUACCUCAAUAUCAUUAGCGUCUAUAUACCCUAUCAUACUUCAUAGUUCAUACCUCGAUAUCAUUAGUGUGUACACAAUUUAAUAUCAUAAGUGUGACUUUAAUUGUUCUUUUCCACAGGUCUGGGUCUUCUUCACGCAAUGACAAGCCGGGCUAACAUGACCUUACGUAUUGAAGUGAGUUUACCAGACGGAACUACUGGAUUCGACGAGUACUCGGGGUUUUAUAUUUCUCCACCAGACCAAUACAACUUCAAGGUUGAUAGGAGGAUCAACUCAGCAGGAAUGUCCCGUUCCUAUCUUCUCUCCGAUAGCCGUGGUAAUGGGGAUAUCAACCACCAGCCGUUUUCAACAUACGAUAAAGACGGGGACAGGAGUGUGGACAACUGUGCCCGAAACCAUGGAGGAGGCUGGUGGUACAAUGACUGCACGUACAGUAACCUGAAUGGACAGUACAAUACUGACGAGUUUCGUUACUUUUCCUUCCAACCGUUCAGAGCGUUUAAGACGUCAACUAUGAUGCUACGAUUGAGUAAUUAAGAUUUAAUCGCAGUAUUUAAUGCAUUUAAUUAUGGUAAAUUCAUUCAGAAAGUGUUGCGAAUUAAUGAACUUAAUGCUAUGUUUAAACGCAAUCAACUAGUUUAAGCAUUUUAGGUAA